UUCACCGCCGAGCACUGCAUGCAAGAGCGAUCCUAAUCGCGACUCUAUCGCGAUUAGCGCCGAGGACGUCCGCAGAGCUGACGCAACUCUUUCCAGACCUCUGACACGCGCUCGCCAGUCGUCCUGCAAGAGUGACAAGAUAUCAGACGAAAGAAUGAUUGAAAUUCCUGCGACACGUCAUACAUCGUAAUCGUCAAACAAACCUACGUGAUAUUUUAUCAAUUACACUUUGACGUCAUCAAAUAUUUGAUUGCAAGGAAAAAAGUUAUAGAAAGUUACCUCAUUUUAAUUGCGUGAUUGCUUGGGGCUGGCAGUACUUUAGAUCCAUCACUGUCGGGAAACGGUUCACGAAACCGGUCAGUCAGUUGCCUCGGCAGAAGGCAGAGAGAAUGUUCGUCUCGUGGGUUUUAGAAAAUUCCGUUGUUAAAAAGCCACAAGCGGAGGAUUCACAAAAUUGUAAACGUAAAAACCAUAUCUCGCCAUACCGAUAUCAUGUCGCGGCAGCGGAAACGCGCGCUCUUCCGGAUACUUCAAAUCAUCGUUUGUUUUGGAGUUGUCUUCUUGACGCUGAAGCUAUUUCUCGCUGUUAUCGGCGACGAGAGCAGACCUCUUCCCAUCGACGACGAUCUAAGAAAGCUGAUGAUCGAAGUCGAAGCGGAUAAUACACGACGAGCGUUGAACAUUGAAAGAGUUUGUAAAAAGUAUAAUUUGGGAUUUUAUCGAAAGCUCGCCGAUAACUCUCUAUUCAAGCAUCCACCUGCGCCGCAGUAUGCGGUCUUCUAUAUGGACAGAGUACACAACAUAUCAUACUGUCCAGUGUAUAAAGCCGGCACCACGACCUGGCUCUACAAUCUUUGUCUGUUAAUGAACGUGCCCGAGGAGACGUUGAAUAGUGGUAAAGAACAGCUGUCGACUAUCGCUAGGAGAGUGAUACCGGAACUUGAGUAUCCUGAAGCCGAUCACGUUCUGACAACGAGCAGAAAAUUGUUAAUCGUGCGACAUCCUUUUGAGAGGUUGUUAAGCGCCUAUCGUGAUAAAUUGGAGAACUCCAUCGCCGGACGGGAACACGGGACACUUUAUUUCUAUCGCAAAUUCGGGGCCAAGAUUGUGCAGAAGUAUCGUAAAGAAAAUUUCACGGAGCCACAGCCGAAUCAAGUGAUCCGACGCGAGGGUGUACCGCCACCGGCUGGGAUGGAACCGAUCUUCCGAGAGUUCAUCGAAUACAUGAUCGAGACUGACCUAGGCAGUUACGAAGACGAUCAUUGGAUGCCAUAUUAUCUCUUUUGCACACCGUGCCUCGUUAAAUACGACAUCAUCGCAAAGGUGGAAUCACUGUGGAGAGAUCAGGUAUAUGCGAUCAAUAAAUUAGGAUUGCAAGAUAAGAUCAAGCCCAGAUGGAGACAUAGUAACAGUUACGCUAAUGCCUCCAAGAUAUACUUUAGCCAAUUAAACAAAGAGAUGGUGCGAAGACUGUAUGAGAAGUUAAGGCUGGAUUUUGAACUAUUCGAUUAUUCACCUGAUGUUUACUACGAAUACGCUACGUCUAUUAAUUAAUUAAAGUUGAUCGAGUGAACUUUGUGUCAACAGUCUAUUAAGAAUAAUUUUUUUUUAUAAUAAUAUAAUAAUUAUCGUGUCUAGAA